AGCAGGGAGUGGUGCUGAAUUUUGGGAAAGAGCUGCUCCAGAGAUCUUGGCUCAGGACACUAUGACCACAGAUGUACACAACCGAUGCUUCCGUCAGUUCCAUUUCCAUGAGGCUGAUGGACCCCGAGAGGUUUGCAGCCAGCUCCAUCGACUUUGCAACUGCUGGCUGGAACCAGAGAGGCGCACCAAGAAGCAGAUCCUGGACCUGGUGAUCCUGGAGCAGUUCCUGGCCAUCCUGCCCCCGGAGAUGGAGAGCUGGGUCAGAAAAUGUGGGCCGGAGACCAGUUCCCAGGCGGUGGCCCUGGCCGAAGGUUUCCUCCUGAGUCAGGCAGAAGAGAAGAGGCAGGCAGAGCAGCGUCCCUUUUCCUUUGAGGAGGUGGCCGUGUAUUUCACCGAGGCAGAGUGGGCGCUCCUGGAUCCAGACCAGAGAGCUCUCCACAGGGAAGUCAUGCUGGAGAACUACGGGAGUGUGGCCUUUCUGGGUAAGGGUCUUCCAUGGGUGCCAACGGUGUGA